UGUAUCUCCCACUGUCUCUGUAUCUCCCAGUGUCACCCACUGUCUUUGUAUCCCCCCAGUGUCUCUGGAUCCCCCAGUGUUUGCUGGUUCAGAGCUGCUUCCGGAUUUGCUCAGUAGUUUGCGGUGCUGCUGAGGUGGGCUGGGCUGCAGUGUCCGGGCCCGGCUUUGCUGUUGUCUAUCCCGGGCUGGGUUGGGUUGAGCCGGUCCCGGUCGGGCUGUUCUGUACCCCGGGCCGGGCUCGCUGUGUUUGCGGUGCUGUUGGAGCCGGCCCUGUGUCCGCUCACAGCGGCUUCGAGUUGAAAUGCUGCGGGUUCUGUGGCUCCGGCUGAGCGGAGCGGCUCCGGGACUGGGACCGGGGCCGGGGACUGGCAGAGCUGGAAGCCGGGGCUCGCUGCUGAUCCUCUGGAUUGGCAUCAGACUGUGCGCCGCCUCUCUUGACCGAUCCCCCUGGGCUGAACAUUACGGCACCAAGUCCAGGUAUGAGGGGCUGAGCGGGGACUCAGUGUCUGGCGCUGACUGGCUGGCACCUGCCAACUGCACUGUCUUACAGGUGAACGCCCUCAUCCGGCAUGGCACCAGGUACCCAACCAGGAAGAAUGUACCCCGCAUGGUGGAGAUCCACCAGCUGAUCAGGGAGCAGGGUGACCCAGGCAGCAGCCUGGUGCAGGCUAUUGCAGGCUGGCACAUGUGGUACAACGAAGGCAUGGAUGGCAAUCUCCACCCUUUGGGCAUCUCCGACAUGGUCAAGUUGGCCAAACGGUUGGCUGCCAGGUUCCCCGCUCUCUUCAAUACGCGGAGUUACAAAGAGAAGAGGCUCAAGUUUCUGACCAGCUCCAAACACCGAUGUGUCAACAGCACUAAGUCUUUUAUCCAAGGGCUGGAGAGCUACCUGAACCUGCGAGACCAGGCAAGCGGGCAAUGGGAGGUCAAUGAUGGGCUACUGCGCUUUUUUGACCACUGCGAAAAGUUCAAAAACCUUGUGGAAAACAAUAACACGGCUCUGCAACAAGUAGAAAUAUUCAAGAAAGGUCCAGAGAUGGAAAGAAUAAUGAGUAACAUGGCAAAGAAGCUCGGCAUCUCACCUAAGGCUAUAACCACCAAUAUGGUGGAAGCAACAUUUUACCUCUGCACCUAUGAGUUCAUCCUUAAAGGCAUAGUUUCCCCCUGGUGUGACCUUUUGGAAAAAGAAGAUGUGGAGGUGUUGGAAUACUUGGGUGAUCUCAAGCAAUACUGGAAGAGAAGCUAUGGAUACAAAAUUAAUGGCCUCUCCAGCUACAAGCUGUUUCAAGAUCUUUUCCAGUAUAUGGAUCAAACCAUUGAGGAGAAUGAGAGGAACCAGUCCGUAUCUCAUACUGCAGUCUUACGGUUUGGACAUGCAGAGACCCUCCUGCCGGUCCUGACUCUCAUGGGUUAUUUUAAGGAUGAUUACCCCUUACUAGCAAAUAAUUUUGAAGAACAAAAAAAUCGUAAAUUCAGGAGUGGACGGAUUUCACCUUUCGCUGCGAACCUCAUCCUUGUGCUGUACCAGUGCAAUGAAGCACAGAACCUAGGGGAAAAGUACAAGCUCCAGUUGUUUCUGAACGAAAAGCCACUUCCAUUUCCUCACAGUGGAAACCUUGUUGCUGACUAUGGGGAAGUAAAGAACUGCUAUCAGCAUCUCAUCGAAGCAUUGAAAUUCAGAAAUGUAUGUGAUGACCACAGUUCCUUCCACUUCAUUUUCUUUCUUUUCCUCCUCUUAUUGUUCACAGUUUAUUAUUAAAGUUGCCAUCAAUUUGGGAUUCUCAAUUUUUAUGUUUAUUCAAUAGAUUCAUAACUUGUAAUUCUGUAGAUAGAAUCAUACAGCACUGAAGGAGGCCUUUCGGCCCAUCAUGCUUUGAAAGAGCUGUCCAAUUAGUCUCUCUCCCCUACUCCUUCUCCAUAAUCCUGCAUUUUUUUUCCUUUUCUAGUAUGUAUCCAAUUCCCUUUACAAAGUUAUUAUUGAAUUUGCUUUGAGCAUAUGCAUCCCAGAUUGCUGUGCUGUGUAAAUAAAUUUUCCCUCAUCUUCCCACUACUUUUUUUGUCAUGUCAGGGUGGAGGUAAAAAUCAGGGUUAGUAUUUCUCCGGGAAUAGAAUAAUACAGUUCAUGCUUUAGACUUUAAUUACAACCUUUACAAGCCUGAACUGUUGGAUUUUUCAGCCUCUCAGCUUUGACAGGCUCAAUCCCCUUCCACAUGAAUACCUAAACCAGGGGAGAAGGAAAGUGUGGGUUGGGGGAUG